CUUUUCCAACGUCAAACAGCUGAGAAAAAGCUGGUGUGCAAGAAAGUGGUGUAGAGUUUUUAUCAUAAAAUGACGAUUUUACCGAAAAAGAAAUCAACCAAAGACAAGAAUGAAGUUGAAUCAGCAGACCAUUCCAAAGGACAUCACCCAUCUACCCCAGAAAAUCGACAUGAUAAAGUAAAUCGGACUCGAAGCUCUCCAACGAGAUGGCUUCCUUCGACAUCCAGAGACGAUAAUACAUCCACACUUGAGGCAGGUUGUUCGUACGAAGGACACGAACCUGCCCCUGGUCAUAAUAAACGGAGACACAGGUCGUCGCCCCAUCGAAACGUCCGGAAACAUCGGGGUCACGGUCAGGGAGGUGCUAGCCCGUCCCGAGAGUAUGACGAGGAAGGUUACAAUAGUGAGGACGAGUACAACCCCCCCUCGUACCCCACUGAUAACAUAGACGAGCUUGAAAGAUUAUUUGACACAACCAUGAAAGAUAAAAAAGGGUGGAUAAUAAAGAAAAUGGCUGAGGAUGGAGCUUGUCUCUUCAGGGCUGUUGCUGACCAGGUGUAUGGGGACCAAGAGAUGCACACUGUUGUCAGGAAGCUGUGUGUAGAUUAUAUGGGCAAGAAUGAAGAUUAUUUUUCACAGUAUGUGACAGAGGAUUUUCACACAUAUCUUAACCGCAAGAAAAUGGACCAUUGCCAUGGAAACCAUGUAGAAAUGCAAGCUAUAUCAGAAGUGUUUAAUAGGCCCAUUGAAGUUUAUCAAUAUAGCAUAGAGCCCAUUAAUACAUUUAGCUGUACAUACAAAACAGAGAAUGAACCAAUUCGGAUAAGUUAUCACCGUAACACCCACUACAAUUCCUGUGUAGAUCCUUACAAGGCCACCAUUGGUGUAGGUCUGGGAUUGCCAGGCUUCCAACCAGGACUGGCAGAUAAGAAUCUUAUGGGUGAUGCUGUCAAACAAUCAGAAAAAUGUCAUUUAGAAAAGUGUAUGUUGGAGGACAAACUUCGUGAGACUGAUUGGGAAGUGACACAGGAAACCAUAGAAGAGCAAGUGGCCCGAGAAUCCUACUUACAAUGGCUGCGGGACAAUGAAACUCAAGCACGCAGGCAGGACACGCCCAAAUCUGCAAGUGCAACCUGUAGUUCUUCAUCCGACGCAAUGUACAUGAAUACUCCUUCGGAUCUGAGAGUUGGGCGCUCACCACGAGCAAGGAGUAACCCCAAUUCAGCACAAAAUAGUCCCCAGAGACCAGAAGGGCUUGACCAAGCCUCACCACAACCCACACUACCUACUGUUGGUGGAGGAUCGCCACACCCACCAAGUGACCGCUCAAUGCUUGGAGCUGCUGGAGGGGAGGUGAAAGGAGCUAUGGGAGGCAGUUCCCAUUUUCAGGAGACCAGUUCUCUAAUGAACCAAUACCCAUCUAACAUGUUUGGGUACCCUGAAUGGAAUGAAGAUGACAUUUUGGCCCAAGUGAUGGCUCAGUCCCAACAAGAGUACUUUGACUCCUUGAAGAAAAACGCAACUGCUUCCUCCUCCGGCUCCUCCUCUUCCUUCACUUUCUCUCCCACAUCAUCAUCAUCAUGGUCUGAUCCCAGUAGCAGUGGUCACGCCUCCCUGAAUAGUCCUCCUUCAAGUUACCAAGGGCCUCACAGCUAACAUAUACCUAACCAUUGUCAUCAGUAGUCAAUUAUUUCAUGUUUAUUUGAUGUCCUGUAUAUCUGAUCAAAUGUCAUUUAUACUUGUUUUAGUUCAUUUUAGAAAUUUGGUUUUUGAAAAAAGACAACUGAAUUUAAAAGAAACAUGCACUUCGUUAUGUUAAAUAUCAAUUUAAGAAAGGAUGUUUCUGAAGAAACUUGUAGGGAAUUCAGUGUAUUUGUAAAACACUAUUGCUGAAGUAGCUAAUGAAAGAAUAUAUAUUAUAUUUUCAAAUUCUGGAAAAAACAAUUCGUUUUUUAAAAUCAGUAUGCAUAUAUGUCCAGAGAAUUAUGCACUUCCAUGAUUAAAUUUAGAACGUAUUUAAAUACUUAUAUCACAGUGUUCACAGUUCUAACUGUAACACAAAUACUCUAUCUGGAAUUUAAAACUAAUUUACGUUUUACAUUUGAUGCUUUUACAUAAGAAAAAUAUAUUAGCUAUACCUACUCUAUCAUAUAUGGUCUCACAAGAAAUGCCUCAACCAUCCUAACUUCAACAAAGCCUUUCACCUUCAAGUGUGACAUGUUAACCAACAGAAUUCAAACCCAUAAAUAACGAUAAUUCAGCAACAGUUUGAAAUAAAGUAUCUGGUUAACUAUUAUCUUUUUUUUUUCAAUUAACAGCAUUUUAAAGAGUAGUGUUUGUAAUUAGAGCCUCUCUUCUUUUUAUCGUUUGUUACAAUUUAAAACCUUCUGAAUGAAUGAUAUUUAUUUUAAAAAAUUAACAGAAAAAUCAAGUGUGAAAUUGGCUACCAAUAUUUUUGGAUUUUUAGAAAGAUAACUUUGAUGUUACUGCCAUUAUUUGCACAGUAUAUUUUUCCAAAAGUAUUUA